AUGUCAGGAAAUACACAAGACGAAUCGUUUGAGGAAGCAAGCGACACAUCUAAUGAUGAAUAUACUAAUGAUACAAAUCAACCAUCACAAGAUUCUUGCCAAUCUGAUGAAGUUUAUUAUCAGUCUGAUGAAUCCGAAACUGAUAAUGAGCUACUUCCUUCUUUAAGUUUGGACGAAUGCACGCAAAAUCAAGAUACCCUUGUAACUCCUCCUGUAGAAAAUGUCUCCGAUUCUUCUGCAACUGACGAAGAAGUCACUAACGAAACUUCAAAUGUUGAUUCAGAGCUGAAUGACUCUCACGAAACAAUUCAUGAACAGCAACAUUACGACGAAUGUUUUCAACAAAAUAUCAAUCAACCGAAUUUAAAUGAACGUGCUUAUUAUGCAAACGUUUAUCAAUAUAUUCCUCAAGCCGCUAUUGACCAAAAUGUCUUGUCGAAUAAUAAUAAUUACGUGUUAGCACAUACUAGAAUUGAUCCAAAUUUAUUAAAUUAUUGGAACGAAACGCGUCCUUUACCGUCUCCUUAUUAUGGAACGAUUGCUAAUGGCACAAACACCUUAGGAUACGGACAGCUGAUAAAUGAUCUUAACGCUUCACUGGCAGCGAAUCAACCCUUUAGAGAGUACUUGGCCUUGACAGAGUCGCAAUCUAAUAAAAGGAAGAAAAAAAGAGUUAGAAAACCAGAAUCUGAAUAUUCACGUAGGUUUUCUUCUAUAACUUCUCCCAAUAUCAUCGAUGGAAUUCGUCAGACUGAGAUUGCGCAAUGUUCGAAUUGUGGCGUACAUGAUACUCCUGCCUGGAGACGCGAUUUGCAAGGAAUUGCUUUGUUGUGUAACGCCUGUGGUCUUUAUUUAAAAAACAAGGGUAUUCAUCGACCAACCGAAUUAGCUCCGGACGGAACCGUCAGGUUUAGAAGAACACAACGUCCAUAA